AUGAGACGCUCCACGGAAUGGAUGAUAAGUGCCACUUAUAUAACCUCCGUGCUGUUUGGCGUAACUUCGCUGUGCUAUGUUGAAACUACUGGAGAAGUCUACACCAAACCUUUGGUGACCAUUUACAGCGCCUUGGCAAACAUUGGCAUGUUGGUACUUGUACCACAUUUUCUGCGUUUCGACUAUUAUUCACCCUCAUUGCCUGUACAAAUCAAUACGUUGAUAUUCCUUCUUAAAGCUGUAAGUUCUAUAAUCACCGUGUUCAUUAACUGGACCAAACGUGGGGUUUUCGUAAAAACCUUAAAUGAGUUAUCCACCGCUCGUCUCAAGUUUAUGCGUCGAUGGCCUUUAAGUGAAAAAAUUAAACAAAAAUAUGAGACUACCUUAAGACGCAAGUUACUUUUGGGUUUUAUGGCAAUGGUGGGCCUAAUGUUGAGUUCCAUUGAAUAUGUGCAGCGUGAAUUAAAACUGAGGAGUUUCCAUAUGAUUGUGGCAGCAGUUAUCAUGUUUAGCAUUGUCAAUGUGGUCAUGUUGAAUUAUUUCGUUUGUAUGUCCAAUUUGAAUGUGAUUUUAUGGGCCAUUAAUGAGGAAUUGGAAAAAAUCAUACAAACUACCCAUCAAUUGUGGAACUUGAGGAUUAUAGGACAAAUAGGCCCAGGAACCUUGAUAACCGAAUGCUGUAAGCUAUCUGAUGAUUUGGAUGAGUUGGCUGUUACCCAACAUCAGUUGAAUCUGCUGAGAAAUCGCAUAUACCGCAUGUAUGACAUUCAAACAGCUUGCGUCCUAGUAAUGGUCUAUUUAAACAAUGUGUUGACAUUUUAUAUGUCCUUUCCGACACAACAAAAAAGUAAAAUUUUGGACGAGUACAGCAACUGGUCUAUGGCAGUAAUGCCGUUUAUGAUGAUGCUGUACUACAUCGAUUUGGCCUUGUUCAUAAAGGAAAUGACUAAUUUCGAAGUUUCGGGUAAGGCUACCGGUAAAUUGUUGAGAGAGCGCCAAUUGUUUUAUCCGGCAUUGGACAUGAGAUUGGAGGAGAGUAGAAAACAUUGGCCAGGAUAA